AUGGCAUACUCGCAGAACUUUUCAGACCAUUUGCUACGCCAACUCAACGAAUCCAACCGACGUAAUCUUGAGUUGCAGUCACUACUGGCACACAAAGACGACCAGCUAGCUGGAGCCAACGCGCAGCUGCAACGAGCUUUGGCAGCACCUCAUAUGAACGCACAACCAUCACAGCCAUCACUGGUACAGAAUCUACAGAAGAGAAACCAUGACUUCCAGGGCCAGCUACAGCAUGCAAAGCAGGCCACCACUGAUGCCCAGCGAAAGCUGAACGAGCGGACGACAGACUUCAACGCUGUAUACAAGGAGCAACAAACGCAGAUACUUGCUCUGCAGCAGAAGCUCAAUCUAACAGGAAUCGACACAAAAGCCGUAGUGCCAUUCGAGGACCCGGCCAAGGUCGUAUUGCUGGAGAAGGACCUUGCUAAAGCCAAUGUCGAGCUGAAGAGACUGCGAACCGCAUACUCGAGUCUCCAGAAACAGUUCGAAGCCGAGAAGAAGCAAAAUGAGCAGCAGCAGGGCUUUCCCGCCACGGCGCCUGGGAAGAUCGCGCAGACUCACGAGGAUGAUGAGGACAUGGAUGAUGAGGAGCCGAAUCAACCAUGGAUCAAAGAGGAGACGAGCAAUACCUCAGCAGCAAAGGUAGCCCCAAAGCCAUCAGCUGUCAGCUCCAAGAAGAUAACGCCAUCAUCCAGCGCGCCACGACAGCAGACAGUUCCACGUUCAAGCCUAUACAGCCAAUCCAGCAGGAGGAGCUCGACCAUGAGUAACAUAGCAGUCACCCCGCGCUCGACCAUCAGCAAGUCAUCAAGGAAGACCUCACUAGCCUCCACGACCCAGCCAAAAUCCAAGAAGCGCCGCCGCAGCAUCGAAGAGGAGCUCGAGUCCGAACUCGAUGAUCUGGAGAUCUUCGAUCCCAUCCCACGAAAGCGCUCUCGCCGCAGCAUCGGCUCAAAUAUCGACGUUGAUACUUCCGACAUCCGACAGAAGUUCCACUUCAAAGCCAUCCUCGAUUACGACUCCGACGGCGGAUGCCGCUACUACGUCUCCACCGACAAGGAAGACAUCGUGGACGAGUGCGAAAUCUGGGACGACAUCAAGCUCGUUGUCGACUCCUGGGAGGAAGCCAAGGGAGAGUGCUGGGCCUACGAGUUCGAGGAUAAGAUGAGAGGCAAGCAAUGCAAGCACAUCAAGUGUUGUGUUUCGAGCAAGUUGCGGGUCGAGGGCAGGCCAAAGGGGCGAACGAACUGGAGAUCGGGAUGUGAGGGGAAGUAUGCGUGCAAGGACUGUGUGGAGGAGAAUAAGCCGUGCUUCACGUGGGAUGGGGAGAGUGAGGGGUUCAAGAUGUUGCCUUUGCAUGAGGAGGAUCGCGAUGAGAGGUAUCCGCUUAAGAAGGGGUAUGAGGUGAGGUAUUGGAUCAAUAGAGAGUGA